GUCAGGUUUAAGAAGGUAGCAGAGAGUACUUUAGCUCUGCAUCUAAGGGAACAACCAGUGAUUGUUGCUCACAGCGAGAGCACAUUUGAUGGAAGCGGCAUUAAAAGACUGUUAUCUAACAAAUUUGGACUAGACAAGAUACUUGAUGCAGCUAUAAAAUCUGUCCCAAAGGAUCAGAGUGGGAAAAUAUCCAAGGAGUAUCAUCGCGUUGUACUCGACUUCCUGGCUCCAUCUGCUGGUUUGCCACCAAUUGGUGCUGUUGAUCAGAUUGACAUGAUUAUCGCAGACGCCCUAAAGAUGAUGGAUGCAGAAGAUGGUAAGAUUGUUAAAGAGUAAGAGUUCAACAAAUUGGUGGCAUAAGUAUUAGGGAGUGUAAUGCUCCAACUAGAGGGAUAUCUGGUUUCCGUAUUCACAAAUUCAGCUUUGCAUGAGCCAUUGACCGCUGCCUCUACACUCAGCUUACAACCAUCUUUUUAAUUAAUUAAUUGUUGCCAAUAAUGUUUAAGGGAAAGUAUUGGUCUUAGGUUGACGAGUCGGGAUAUAUGAGUUGCUUAACUUUAUUACUCGAGUGAAAUUAAUUUGA